AUGGCGUCUUGCCGUUUUGCAGCACUAGUUGGUGGCCCUUGUGGUCCAAGCACGUAUAAUGAUUCAAUAACAGAAUGUGUUAUCAUCAAGAAUUGUGACAAGGACAUUUCCAAUCAUUGUGCACUCUACAAAAUUAGCGAUGAUGUUAACCUAUCUGGAAGUGAAUCAUUGCUACUUCUUGCACGUGCAGGUGUUUUUGAGGUCAAAGAGGAGCAUCUAAAGUUUACUAUUUGCCCUUUGCAUCGUGACUUAUAUGGAGUGCGUUGGCGGAGCAACAAGACAAAAUGCGCAAUUCCAGGAACUCUUGCAGCUCAUAAAUCCUCGUCUGUUCAUGUCAGUGACCAAGCUGAAGUUCCUGACCACUGUUAUAUGUACGCACUCAGUGAUGAAGAAGAUAAAGAUUUCAAGCACAAGUGCUCUCACAAACACAACAAAAGCUGUCAACAAUGCCAAAGGCUUAAUGCUGCAAUUGAUUCCAUAGAGAAGGCAAUAGAAGAGACCACAUUUUCUUCUGAGGAAGAGAGAGACGAAGUCAAGUUUCUUCAAACAUCCUCAGCCAAGUCCAUCCAAUUAUGGAAAGCACAUCAACUGAGGAGUGUACGGCAAGACAAAGCCAGACUUGAUGUAAUUGAUCUUUUAGAUGAUGAAAAAACCCUUUACAUUGUGAAUGACUGGGCAAUGAAAUUUCUGCCACGACAAUACCGCGAGGCCCAAUCAGACUGGUUUGGCAAAAAAGGUAUUUCGUGGCACAUAUCGGUAGUUUUUCGACGUUUCCAGGGUCAACUGCAGUCACAAGGUUUCAUUCACAUCAUCGAAUCUUGUUCUCAAGACAGUACGGCUAUUGUACUAAUCAUGCAGCACGUCUUGAAGACUUUAGAAGUUGAGCAUCCUGAAUUGACGAGAGCMUUUUUCCGACAAGAUAACGCAGGGUGUUACCACUCGGCUAACACAAUCCUCGCAUGCCGUCACAUUGAGAAGACGACACAAAUAAAGAUAUCAAGGAUUGACUUCAGUGACCCCCAAGGAGGGAAAGGCUCAGYGGAUCGACUUGCUGCCACUUGCAAGUGCCACAUCAGAAUGUAUGUGAAUGAAGGCAACAAUGUAACCAAUGCUAUAGAAAUGAAAAAAGCAUUGCUAUCACACGGUGGUGUGCAAGGGGUUAGAGUUGCUGUAAUACCUUCCAUCGACGACUCUUCAAUGCCCGACGCUGAAAAAGUUCCUGGAAUAAGSAAACUUAAUAACUUCGAGUUCAAACAUGGAGACAUUAUGGCAUGGCGCGCGUAUGAUGUUGGAAAGGRCAAGAAAGUGAAAACAGGAGCAGUAGAAGAUAUAAGCAUCAAGUGGCUUUCUGCCUCAUUUUCAUCAGGAGACUUUAAACUUGUCAAGACAAAUGCAAAGCGCACCGAACAAGCUUCAAACUCCGAACAAGACGUUGGUAAUGAGAAAUUGGAAGAAAGCGGCCCGACUGUUUACUGCUGUCCYAGGGAAGGAUGCACACGUGUUUUUCGGAGAUCGACUGCCCUUGAAAACCACCUUUCAUUGGAAUCAUGCAACAUGAACCCAGAGAAGAAAACCAUGCUAGAUGCUGCAAAAGAGGGAUAUGCUGCUCUUCUUAAAGAAGAUWUUGGUGUGAUGCCAUCAUUAAGAACAACUGACAACAGCGARRUGGAAGGUUGCUGYCAUGUUGCUAAAGAGGGCUGGGCUCUUAAAUCUUCAAGUAAAAAAUACCGCUUCAACGAAAAGCAGAGGGGCUAUCUAACAGCUAAAUUUAACAUUGGUCAGGAAAGUGGAAGAAAAUUAAGGGCGGAGGAUGUCUCAAAAGACAUGAGGCACGCUCGUGGGGAGGAUGGUAAUCGUCUCUUUUGUGUGUCAGAGUUCCUUUCAGUUGAGCAGGUUUCCUCAUUUUUCUCACGCUUAGCCACAAAGAUCAAACAAAAGACGAUUAUCACAACUGAAGCAGAUGCUAUUGCUGCUAAAGAGGAGGACAACUUUAAUGGAAUGAAACAGUCUGUUCUUUCAUCGCUUGAACUACAACAUCCAAUCGUUUUGGAUCAGUUCAACAUCUGUGAAAUGGUAUCAAACGCUACUCUCAAGAAACUAAAGAAGGACAUGCUCCAUCGUAUCUGCGAUGAUCUCAACUUAGAUAUCCCCAAAAAACCUUUGAAAAANAAAAGAAAACACACACAGCCAAGUCCUAUGAAUUCUUUUCCAACAAAUUUCUGGGUUACCUGUGUUACUUCAUCUGUCACACAAUCGCCUCUAAACUUAGGAAUAAAUCGAG